GAGCAGUGCAGGAUGGAAACGUUAGCUGGUCACUAGAGCGACAGGUUCAUUAAAAACUGAGAAAAUGUACAAAGUGGAUUUGCCUGUAGACCCAUCCAUAGAAAAUGCUGUUGAAAGGCGAAGGUCUGCAGAAACAACACGCAAGGCCAGGAUCUUCAACACCCGACUGCGUGUGUUGGGCCUCGACCUUGAUGCUCUCAACCAACAGGUCCAGGAGAAAAAACAUCAGCAAAACAUGGAGGAACAUCGGGGCAGAGCUUUUGAUAAGCUGAGAGAAUGUCAUGAUGAAGCACUGUUUCAUCAUGACAUUGAUGAAAGAGAGAAGCGAGCAGCUUUACACACUGACCUGACCCAGUAUUGGGCCACUCAUCAACGUGGAGAGGACUCACGCGAUGCUGAUCUCGAGUGUGACCUGAAGGGGGCAUUCAUGAUCCCCAUUCCAGAGGGUGAGCUGGGGCCUGCCAGUAUGAACAUAUUUCAGGGAGAGGGCAUCGGAGAAGAGCAGAAGAGGAGAGAACUAAUGAAAAAGACGGACAGAGAUCUGCAAGCACAGAAGGAAGACAAUGAGAGAAGGCUCGCGGGAGACAAGCAUAGAGAGAUGCUGGUGAGCAAAGAGCUGGUGCAUCAGGACCGUAGGGGGCUUCAGCUACGUGCACUAGAGGAGGAGUGUAAGAAAGCUGAACGCAUCGCACUCGACAACUACAAUCAGGCUCUGGCUGCAGAGCAGGCAAUGACACUGAAGGAGCAGCACAGGAGAGAGGAAAGGGAGAAUCUUGCUGAGGUGCGGCACACUCUGACAUCCGACAUGAUGACUGAGUGUGCAGAGGCAACGGCGAGAGAGGUGGGAGGAGGGAGGCUGCCACAGGUUCUGGUAGACAGAUGGAAGGGGAUGAGCCCUGAGCAACUGAGCGCCAUCCACAGAGAGAGAGAAGAACAGCGUCUUGAGAGACAGAGACAACGUGAAGCUGAGAAGAUGCAGGAUGCAGCUUUGGAAUUCCAACUCCUGAAGCUUUCCAGAGAAGCAGAGGAAGAGGAGAGGAGAGCAGAGGAGCUGAGGAGAGAGAAGAGGAUUCAGACAGACCGUUACAACAUGCAGCUGGCCAGAGAGCAACAGGCAUACCAGGAGUACCUGAACAAGAAGCUAUACACCAACAAACCCAGCAAGGACUACUUUUAUCAAUUCAACACCAGCUCCCGCUGACAACCACACAAU